AUGGUGGAGGCGGCGCCCCCCGGGCCCGGGCCGCUGCGGAGGACCUUCCUGGUGCCCGAGAUCAAGUCGCUGGACCAGUACGAUUUCUCGCGGGCCAAGGCGGCGGCCAGCCUGGCGUGGGUUCUGCGGGCCGCGUUCGGGGGCGCAGAGCAUGUGCCCUCGGAGCUGUGGGAGCCCUUCUACACCGACCAGUACGCGCAGGAGCACGUGAAGCCCCCGGUGACGCGGCUGCUGCUCUCGGCCGAGCUCUACUGCCGGGCCUGGCGCCAGGCGCUGCCGCAGCUCGAACCCCCCCCCAGCCCCUCGGCGCUGCUGGCCCUGCUGGCGCGGAGGGGCACAGUGCCCGCCCUGCCCGAGCGCCCCGUGCAGGAGGCCGACCUGAAGCACCAGCCGAUCCUCAUGGGAGCCCACCUAGCUGUCAUUGACGCCCUCAUGGUUGCCUUCGCCUUCGAGUGGACAAAGACACUGCCCGGUCCUUUGGCCCUGGCCAGCUUGGAGCACAAGCUCCUUUUCUGGGUGGACACGACCAUCCGGCGGCUGCAGGAGAAGACGGAGCAGGAAGCUGCCCAGAGAGCCUCUCCUGUGGCCCCUGCAGAUGGGGUGGCCCCAGCACAGCCCUCGAUCCGAUACCGCAAGGACCGAGCUGUGGCCCGACGCGCCCCCUGCUUUCCAAAUGUGACCACCCUCCAGGAUCUGGCAAGUGGGGCUGCGCUAGCUGCCACAAUUCACUGCUAUUGUCCUCAGCUCUUGCGACUCGAGGAGGUGUGCCUCAAGGACCCCAUGUCCGUGGCGGACAGCCUGUACAACCUCCAGCUGGUGCAGGAUUUCUGUGCCUCCCGCCUUCCUCGUGGCUGCCCGCUCUCCCUCGAGGACCUGCUUUAUGUCCCACCGCCCCUCAAGAUCAACCUGGUGGUGCUGCUUGCCGAGAUGUUCAUGUGCUUUGAGGUGCUGAAACCUGAUUUCGUCCAGGCCAAGGACCUGCCUGAUGGUCACGCGGCCUCCCCCCGGGCCACGGAGGCCUCUCCUGCUCAGAACAGCAGUGGCUGCAGUUCUCCUGUCUUCAACUUCCGCCACCCGCUUCUGUCAUCUGGCGGCCCCCAGUCCCCACUCCGUGGAUCCACAGGCUCACUGAAGUCCUCCCCGUCCAUGUCCCACAUGGAGGCCCUCGGCAAGGCCUGGAACCGUCAGCUCAGCCGUCCCCUUUCCCAGGCAGUGUCGUUCAGCACCCCCUUUGGCCUGGACAGCGACGUGGAUGUUGUCAUGGGAGACCCCGUCCUCCUCCGCUCGGUCAGCUCGGACAGCUUGGGCCCCCCGCGCCCGGUGCCAGCCCGGACCCCCGUCCAGCCGCCCCCGGAGCCCGGAGACCUGCCUACCAUCGAGGAGGCCCUGCAGAUCAUCCACAGCGCCGAGCCCCGGCUGCUCCCAGACGGGGCGGCCGACGGCAGCUUCUACCUCCACUCCCCUGAGGGCUCCUCCAAACUGCCGCUGGCCUCCCCCUACCCCCUCGAUGGGGCCUCAAAGCCACUGCCCGCUGCGCCCACCCAAGCACCCAGCUAUGUGCCCCACCCUGAGGGCCCCCUGAAACCGUCUCCCUGCCCGGCAGGGGAGCUGUCGAAAUCACCGGCCCUGUCUGAGGGCUCCCCGAAGGCAGCAGCUUCAUCCCCUGCGGCUGGCAACUCUGAGGUGAAGAUGACCAGCUUUGCUGAGCGCAAGAAGCAGCUGGUCAAGGCUGAGGCCGAGGCAGGGUCCCCGGCAGCCACCCCUGCCGCAGCAGAGGCCCUGAGCUCGGAGAUGAGUGAGCUGGGGGCCCGGCUGGAGGAGAAACGGAGGGCCAUCGAGGCUCAGAAGCGGCGCAUCGAGGCCAUCUUUGCUAAACACCGGCAGCGACUGGGCAAGAGCGCUUUCCUGCAGGUGCAGCCGCGGGAGGCUGGAGGGGAGGCGGAGGCGGACCCCGGCCCGGUCCCUGGUGGGGAGCGGCCAGCGGGCGAGGGCCAGGGCGAUCCGGCCCCACGGCCCAAGGCAGUGACCUUCUCACCUGAACUGGGCCCGGUGCCCCCCGAGGGGCUGGGGGACUAUAACCGGGCGGUCAGCAAGCUAAGUGCUGCGCUGAGCUCACUGCAGCGGGACAUGCAGAGGCUCACGGACCAGCAGCAGCGGCUCCUGGCCCCACCCGAGGCCCCGGGGCCUGCCCCACCACCUGCUGCAUGGGUCAUCCCUGGUCCCACAGUGGGUCCCAAAGCCGCGUCUCCCAGCCCUGCUCGGCGUGCCCCAGCUGCCCGGCGCAGCCCCGGGCCUGGCCCCAGCCCGACACCCCGAAGCCCGAAACAUGCACGGCCAGCAGAGCUGCGGCUAGCACCCCUGACAAGAGUGCUCACACCUCCCCACGAUGUAGACAGCCUCCCCCACCUGCGCAAGUUCUCGCCAAGUCAGGUGCCUGUGCAGACACGCUCCUCUAUCCUCCUGGCGGAGGGGUCACCACCAGAGGAGCCUGUGGCCCGGCCUGGCCUCAUUGAGAUCCCACUGGGCAGCCUGGAAGAGCCCACAGCCGAGGACGAGGGAGAUGGGAGCCCCCCUGGUGCUGAGGAUUCCUUGGAGGAAGAGGCGUCUUCAGAGGGAGAGCCCCGGGCCGGGCUGGGCUUUUUCUAUAAGGAUGAAGAUAAGCCCGAGGACGAGAUGGCCCAAAAGCGGGCCAGCCUGCUGGAACGGCAGCAGCGGCGGGCAGAGGAGGCGCGGCGGCGGAAACAGUGGCAGGAGGCCGAGAAGGAGCAGCGGAGGGAAGAGGCCGCACGGCUGGCCCAGGAGGAGGUGACCGCGGGUGCCCCGGCCCCCCCAGCUCCUGUGGCCCCCACAGCAGCCCCAGCCCCUGCCGGGAGGGCCCCAGCUGAGGAAGAAGUGGGCCCCAGGCGGGGGGACUUCACGCGGCUCGAGUAUGAACGCAGGGCCCAGCUGAAGCUGAUGGAUGACCUUGACAAAGUGCUGCGGCCACGGGCUGCGGGGACCGGGGGGCCGGGCCGGGGCGGGCGGAGGGCCCCCCGGCCACGCUCUGGUUGCUGUGAUGACUCGGCCCUGGCACGAAGCCCUGCCCGUGGCCUGCUGGGCUCCCGGCUCAGCAAAGUCUACUCUCAGUCCACCCUGUCACUGUCCACCGUGGCCAAUGAGGCCCCCAAUAACCUCGGCGUGAAGAGGCCCACGUCUCGGGCUCCGUCCCCAUCCGGCCUCAUGUCCCCCAGCCGCCUGCCUGGCAGCCGUGAGCGCGACUGGGAGAAUGGCAGCAACGCCUCCUCCCCGGCAUCGGUGCCCGAGUACACAGGUCCACGGCUGUACAAGGAGCCUAGCGCCAAGUCCAACAAGUUCAUCAUACACAAUGCCCUGUCUCACUGCUGCUUGGCAGGCAAGGUGAACGAACCGCAGAAGAACCGCAUUCUCGAGGAAAUUGAGAAGAGCAAGGCCAACCACUUCCUGAUCCUCUUCCGGGACUCGAGCUGCCAGUUCCGGGCCCUCUACACCCUGUCCGGGGAGACAGAGGAGCUGACCCGCCUGGCGGGCUAUGGCCCUCGCACGGUCACACCCACCAUGGUCGAGGGCAUCUACAAGUACAACUCGGACCGCAAGCGCUUUACCCAGAUCCCUGCCAAGACCAUGUCCAUGAGUGUAGACGCCUUCACCAUCCAGGGCCACCUCUGGCAGAGCAAGAAGCCCACGACUCCCAAGAAGGGCGGCAGCACCCCCAAGUAGCCUCGUCCCGGUGGUACACGGGACAGGCCCCAGCCGUCGGCCUCCCGGAGGACAGCCUGGAGGACAAUCAGUUGGUACUCCUGGGUCUCGUCUGUCCCCAACCUCGUCUGGGUAGGGCUGGGGUCCCUACCCCCUAAACUUCUGUCCUGUCCUGCUGUGGGGGCUGAGCUGGGAGGUUCAGGGACUCAGGGCUCAGCUCAGUCCCCUGUCUGUCCUCCCCACCUUCUUGAAUAAAAUAAUUUAGAAAGAGC